AUGGAGGAGCCCGAGUCGCACCCCGAAAGUGGGGGGAACCCCCCCAGGCCCUGCGGGGAACCCCCCACGGGGGACCCCCCGAAGGGGAACCCCCCCGGAGACCCCCCCGGGGCCCCCCCCGGCCCCACCCGGUGGGGGAUCUGCGCGGCGGGAAAGAUCAGUCACGACUUUGUGGUGGCAUUGGGGACCCUCGAACCGGAGGAGCAUCAGGUGGUGGCGGUGGCGGCGCAGGAAAUUUCCCGCGCGGAGGCGUUCGCGAAGCGCCACGGAGUGAAGCGCUUCUAUGGCAGCUACCGGGAAAUGGCCGCCGACCCGGAAGUGGCCGUGGUCUACGUGGGCACGGUGAACUCGCAGCACCUGCCGGCCGGGCGGCUCUUCCUGGCGGCGGGGAAGGCGGUGCUCAUGGAGAAGCCGAUGGCCGUCGGCGCGCGGCAGGUCCGGGAGCUCGUGGCGGCCGCCCGGCAGCAUGGCGUCUUCCUCAUGGAGGGGUUCUGGACCCGCUUCUUCCCGGCGUGGCAGCGGCUCCAGGCUCUCGCCCGAGAGGGGGCUUUGGGGGACCCCAAGUUUUUGCGGGGCUCCCUGGCUUUCCCCAUGCAGAACGUGGAGCGGCUGCGGGAGCCCCGCCUGGGGGGGGGCGCCCUCCUCGACCUGGGGGGGUACGGUCUGCAAAUGGCCGUCGCGCUCUUCGGGGGCGCCCCACAGCGCCUGCACGCCCAGGGCUGCCUGCACCCCACUGGUGUGGACGAGACGGUGACGCUGACGCUGGACUACGCCGGGAACCGUCAGGCGGUGCUGAGCUGCUCGAUGGCGGCGGAGCUGCCGGGGGGCGCCGCGCUGGGGGGGACCCGCGGGUGGGCCGAGUUCCCGAGCCACAUGCAGUGCCCCACGGAGCUGCGGGUUUUGGGGCGCCGGGAGGUGUUCCCACUGCCCCCCCCCGCGCAGCCCCUCAACUUCCCCCACGGCACCGGAAUGCGCUUCGAGGCCCAACACGUGCGGGAGUGCCUGCUCGGGGGGCUGACGGAGAGCCCCGUGAUGCCGCUGGCCGAGAGCGAGCUGAUCGCGCGGCUACUGGACGAGGCGCGCGGGCAACUGGGAGUACUGGGAGAACUGGGAGGGGAGGAGGGGGGGCAGGAGGGGGGUGAGGAGUAACCCCCCCGGGGCAAUAAACGGGGGAACCCCCAAACCGGAGCUGUUGGCGCUCCCAGUAUAAACCAGUCCAGCCCAGUUUGUCCAGUACAGGCACCUCUCCAGUCCAAACCAGUCCAAACCAGUUGGUUACUGGAACAGCAAUCGCCACCAGUUCAAACCAGUCCGUUACUGGAGCGGCAGAACCCCAGU